GACGACGACGACGACGACGUGAGCGGCCAUCAGAGGAGGUCCAUGUGAGUAUUUUUGGCCACGUAAGCCAUAGUGCCGUUCCGGCUGUUACAGUGGAGAGUUCUUCGGUGUGGAUUUCCUAGAUCAGAUCAAGUGCUUUGCGAAGAAGGGAAUCUACGGUGCGGUGGCGAAAGUGGAAGACACGAACAGCGAGAUUCUCGAGGACCGCUAAUAAGAUGCUGUGGCCUGGGGUAGGGUUGCCAUGUACUGACAGUUCAAGAUGCUUUCCGUAGAAGAAAAUGAAGAAGAAAAGCGUGAUUCGGUUUGAACCUCUCUGUGAGGAACAGUAGGCGGGAUGCAACCGGAAUUCUUGGAUUGCAUAGUUUACGGCGUGUGAUUUGCAUUGCCGUCUUGUCGUGAUGUGAGUAGGCGGAGUGAGGUGCAUAGCAGGCGGUGUCUUUCCGUGUUUCAGUUUGUGAUGGAACCGUUUGAGAGGUUUGGAUAGUAGUUUUCUUCCGAUGGAUGGAUGACAUGUUGAAACGGUUGAACGAAGACGAUGGCUGUACGCCGUUUUGCUGUAGUUUGCACGCAUGGUGAGACAUUGUUCAUCGAUCAAUCCAGCCAGCGGCGAAAGACGAGUGGGAGUUAAUUUUAGCCAUUUCAUGUUCCAGCGUAGGAAGAUGCUCCAAGUGGAAUAAAAUCGUGUUCAUAGUGCAAUAGUGCCAGCAAACCCGUGCAAAUAAUCCAAACGAAGGGAAAAAAUGACCGGUAGACGGAGGCACAGCCGUAAUUAAACCUGAAAACGUCGGACGAAUUCUGUGCGCUUCUGUCGAGAGACACUUCCGAUUGAUUGAAGUGUUUGAUUGAAAAUUUAAAAUUUCAUUCCGGCUGCGAAAAGGAUGAGUUGGCCACGAUCGUAGUUGGCAUCGCCAAAGGUGGUUGCUUAGUGAUGUGCCGUGGUAACCGAUGGCAACGGGAUGGGAACUGGUGGCUUCCGGUUCGGUAGUGGUAAUGGGCCCAGUUCUGGUCAUAGUGGAGCGUUUUUUCACACGGGGAUGGGAAAGGCCUUGAACCGAAGACGACGAAGACGACAGCCGCAGCAGUCAACUGUGGCGAAACCACAUGGAGGAGGUUCGUUAUAGUGCACACAGCGCCGCCAGGAGGAACUCCAAAGGACACAAUAAAAGGUGCCGGGAGGGGCGGGGGUGCAAAGUGAAGAUGUGGUGGCAGCUGAUGGGAUUUGCGCUACUACACGCAUUUCAAGUGGGAUUAGCUGUGAAGGGUGGACACUCGAAAUCGAUGGCAGCCGGACGACUGGAGAACGUCACCCAAACUAUUUCUAGGAUAUUGGAAGGUUACGACAUUCGGUUGCGGCCAAACUUUGGCGGUGACCCACUACACGUAGGAAUGGAUCUAACGAUAGCUAGUUUCGAUGCAAUUUCAGAAGUUAAUAUGGACUACACGAUAACAAUGUACCUUAAUCAGUACUGGAAGGACGAGCGAUUAGCGUUCAACGCGUACUCGAUCUGGGGCCCGGACGUUCCGGGAUCGGGUUCGGGGUCGGCGGCUUCCGGUGGGACGCAAAUCGGCAGCCGGCAGUACGACCAGAACGGCGACAUCAUGAUUGAGGACGACGGCGCCAACGACGUCAUCACGCUGUCGGGGGACUUUGCCGAGAAGAUUUGGGUCCCAGAUACGUUCUUCGCCAACGAUAAGAACAGCUUCCUGCACGACGUCACCGAGCGGAACAAGCUGGUGAGGCUGGCCGGCGACGGAUCCGUCACCUAUGGGAUGCGCUUCACGACGACGCUGGCCUGCAUGAUGGACCUGCACUACUAUCCGCUCGAUUCGCAAAACUGCACCGUGGAGAUUGAGAGCUAUGGCUACACCGUAUCGGACGUUCUGAUGUACUGGCGGUCGACUCCGAUUCGAGGCGUGGAGGAAGCAGAACUGCCACAGUUCACCAUAAUAGGUUACGAAACUAAUGAUAGAAAAGAAAGACUGGCGACAGGAGAAUACCAGCGGUUGUCCUUAUCGUUCAAACUGCAGCGCAACAUUGGCUAUUUCGUGUUCCAGACCUACCUGCCGAGCAUCCUGAUUGUGAUGCUGUCGUGGGUAUCGUUCUGGAUCAACCACGAGGCCACUUCGGCCAGGGUGGCACUUGGGAUUACCACAGUGCUGACGAUGACUACGAUUAGUACUGGAGUGCGGAGUUCGCUGCCAAGGAUUAGUUACGUUAAGGCCAUCGACAUCUACCUGGUUAUGUGCUUCGUGUUUGUGUUCGCGGCCUUGCUGGAGUAUGCCGCUGUUAACUAUACGUACUGGGGUGCGAGGGCGAAGAAGAAAAGUAAAAAGAACAAGGAGGCGGAGAAGAAGGUUUCAAGAAAGCAGGAAAAUAGCGCCGGAUGUUCAUCCGAGGACAUCAUCGAGCUGCAGGACGUGCGCAUGAGUCCGAUCGCGUCGCUCCGAAAUCGGCACUACGCCAACACGACCUCGUCGUCCGGAGCGGACGCCGUAGAUCUAGCCAAAUUCCCUCCUAGCUUCCGGAUCGCUCGGCCCUACGGGUCCAGCACCCGGUCCAGUGGGUUACGGUACCGCGGUAAUCGAGGUAACAACCGGCCCAAGAUGCUGCACGCGAUCAAGCGAGGGGCAUCCGUCAUCAAGGCGUCCAUCCCGAAGAUCAAGGACGUCAAUGUGAUCGACAAGUACUCGCGGGUGAUCUUUCCGGUCAGUUUCGCGGCGUUCAACGCCGGCUACUGGAUCUUCUACGUGUUGGAGUGACCUUCCGCGAACUAACCGGAUACGUAAGUCACAGCCAACCCGCAGCAGACGGACCGAGGAUUUGUUCUAGUGAUAGCAGUAGUUCUCAAACUACCAACACCAUCGCCACCAUCCAUCAGUGCAAUUGUAGGGCAGUACUAGAGCUAGCUACUGGGAGUGCAUAGAAUGUGCGGGCUCUUUCCUCAAGUUCGCAGUAGAGUUUCAGGACCCUACCGAAAUAACAAAGUGAUAAAACGCAUGCACAUUCGAGAAAACAAUAAUCCUUCCGCUGCCGAGUUUAGACAUUUGACGCACCAGAGUUUUGACAUCCGGUUAGUUCAGAGCAACACCUUCCAAAUGAAAAAAAUAUGAAAAAAUGAAACACAAAAAACAUUAGUGAGAAAUAACCAAACGAAAAACCAACUUUCCUACGAUAAAAUCCGAUGACGACGCGACGCCAAGUAGGAAAACGAAUUGCAACUAGUUUUUAAGCAAGCUCACAAACUUUGAGAGAGAAAAUGAAACAAGCAAACAAACAUAUAUCCGUCAUAAUGAAUGGUAGUUGCGUUUUAGAAUCACCUAGAUUUGUCCAAGUAAAAUGGAAACUAAAAUUAAUUUGUAGGAGAAUGAAAAAUUUAAAACGAAGAAAAAAACAUAAAGGAAUGAUUGUGUGAGAGAUAGAGAAGAGUAUCCUAAAGCGUGACAGUAAAAACAAAAUCAUACGAAAGUAAUAAUCAUGAGACAACACAGCUCACUAAACAUCUUAGAUUCUAGCGGAGAUUAGGGCAUGUUGAGUACAACAAGCA